UCAUCAUCGUUCUACUCCUAAUCUUGCUCUUUCUCCUCUUGUUACAGCUGAUUAUCUUGAUGACUUCAACAUGCAGACCUUAACAGCUCCCGCAUCUGUCGCUAAGCGAAAACAAGCUUGCUCAAGCUGUAGGCAUCGAAAGAAAAGAUGCGACGGCAUUCGACCAUCUUGCUCAUUAUGUAGGAAAUGGGGCAUCCAAUGCGAGUAUGGUGCACCUCCACCAAAUAGGCCUGAGGAACCGUCUAUGUACUCUUUCCCCGGACCACUCUUUCCAGCUGCCCCCAAUUUUCCAAUGGGCCUAGAAGGAAUAAGUGAUAUGAGUGCACUACCACCACUCGAAACCAACGAUGAGAUAGCAAUAGAUCCGGCACUGCUGAACGAGCAGCCUUUUGGCUGUCCGACCCCUCCCGUAUCAGAUUUGGUCCCUCCUCCGGUUGACAUAGGAUUCAACCCAGAGGAAGAUCUAUUACCUCACACAAGAUUACCACCAGAUAAGAUAUUACUUGAACUAGUCCAACUCUUCAUUGAGAACGCCUACCACUACUAUCCUUGCUUCCAUAAGCAAACCCUUUUGGAGGAGGUCCAGAGUCGAAAACUCCAAACAGAAUGUCCGCUUGUCCUUUUCGCCAUCUGCACAAUUGCUGCACGAUAUCAUUACGAUUUCAACAUUCGCGCUCGGCAAGCUGAGUGGUACGACCUUGCGAAGCAAUUGUACGAGGAGUCCACGAGAUACCCGGAUUAUCCAGUUCGUCUGCUCCAAGCUGCAAUAUGUGUUAUGAGUCACGCCAAUAACUCUGGGGACUUUUCUACGGCGUGGCUAAUCCUGGGAAAAGCAUGGCGACAAAUAUGUGCGCUCGGAUUCAACCGUUUGGAUUCGACCGAUGACACGGUAUAUGGGCUCCCGCAAAAGAGGCCACAUUCUGAUCUAGGCAAAGAGGAAUUGAGGCGAACGCUUUGGCUACUCUUUGUCGUGGAUCGAAAUUUCACCUGGCCAGUAGGAUGGCCGCAUGCCAUGGACGAGCGGCAUAUCAUGGUCAAUAUACCAAUUGCGGAACAGCUUUUCCAAAGUUUAACUGCUGGUAGCACUCUCGAUCCGACGAUGACUGUACCGUUCUCGAGACGCUUGAAUACCCUCAUCCUUUCCCGGCCCAAGCCAGCAGAACCGAUCAAUGUCUUCCAUCAUCUUGUUAUCGCCCAUGUGUUGCUAGGACGCAUCACGGAAACGAUGCAUUCGGUCCACGCCACCCCGAACUCGCAAGAGUUCGCAGAAGAAUGCGAGGAGCUCGACUCCUAUCUCGGUAAACUGUGGCUGAGUGUACCACGAGCCGCGACAUCGCUUUUGGAUGUACAGACAGAAGAUCAAAGCCAGUCGAUCUGGCUCUCGUUGACACUGAACCUAAUGGCUAUAAUUUUGCAUUUCCGUUCCGCCAGAGGUGCAGACGAGGAAGUUGCAACCGAUCAAUUUGCUCGUGCAUUGCUGGCAGCGAAGAACAUUGUGAAAACGAUCAAAGACGCCUCGAAGAUAUCCAUGGAUCUUGUAGUCUCACCACAUUUGGGUUCUACGCUAUACCUCGCCGCAUGCGUCUAUAUCAUACAGUGGCGAAUGACCGGAGAUGAAAGCCUCAAAGAUGAUAUAGACCUCUUGGAUGUUGUUUUUGAUCGAUACAAUGAAACGUUCGUUUUCACGGGACACAAGUUCAAGAUUGCUCUCGAGCACGACGUUCAGCGAAGUGUGGAGGAUAUAGAAAAGUUGAAGGCAGCGGGAUUGCGGGGAUUGUUGGCAGAUUGUAGCAAAUGGGGCUAUGUACAGGAUGUCGUCGCUUCGAAAGGUAUAUCGGUCAACAUUACGUAGCGUGAUGUCGCCCUGGAAACUGUAACACCACUUGUGUUUGGGUGCAUGUAAUAAUACUAAGCUGGGAUGUCCAUUGGAGGACGUUGGAUGUCUCGCGGCGAUAUGUCUUCGCGACGAGCCGGCACAUCGGCUAGAGUCAACAUAGAAAAAUGAAAAAGCCACCCAAAAUAUGC